CUGUGACUCUGGCUUUGUUUACGUCUUGAGAAGUUGCUUGUUGAAAUUUUGAACUAAAUUAUUAAUUUAUUACUAUGCAUAAUUUACUUAACUAUUUUAGUAACAAAAACCUGAUGCGUUGCUAAAAAUAGACUAUGUUGUUUACUAAAUAUUGCAAAUAUGCCAUACUACUGCACAGUGCCCCGAUGUACCUCAAUGGCCGGAAAAGCUAAAAAUGUAUCGUUUCACCAAUUUCCUAGAGACGAAGAACUAGCUCAGCUUUGGAAUGAAGUGUUGAAGCGUGGAAAACCUUAUACAAAGUAUUCAAAAGUUUGUAGUUUGCAUUUCAAGCCUGAUGAUUAUACAGUUACGAGCGCUCAAAAGAACAGAGGACAAUGGCGUACACUUCGCAAGGAUGCUGUACCAUCCCAGAACCUUCCGGAUUCUCCUGCACCUGUUUGGUCUGGGAGCUCUGAAUCAUCCUCGCCAUCACUGAAUAUUGACGCAAGAAUGCACCAACAAAUGGCACAGGCUAUCUAUGUGCAGACUAUCCAGGCUAUGCAGGCUGCUGGCAUUGCAGAUGUCACUCUCAAUGGAUUGAUUCAUAAUGACCAGCCAUCCCCAAGCAAUUACAGUAAUCAUGACACUGAUAGUGAAGAGUCAAACGAAAACACACCUAAGAUCAUCAGUGAAAGAAGAAAUGCAAAUGUAACAUAUAAAUGUGAUGAAUGCUCAAAGUGUUUCAAGGAUCCUGACGUUUUUUUAAUACACCAAAGAGUACAUAAUUCUAAAACUAUUGAGGAGAAAAAUGUCGAAAUGCGCCGUGCUAAUCCAAUGCUUUUAAAUCUCCUAAACAACGACAUAGCGGUGAGUAAUAAAAAUGUUGUCAGCAUAGAAAAUCAAAUAAUGUCCGCGUUGACAGCAAACAUGGAGAAUUAUCUGCGCAAUUUGACAACAAUUAUGACGCAAAGCAGCCCUGAGUUCAAACAAAAUCAAGAUGGCGGAUUUGUAGAAAAUGAAACCGUAGAUGAUACAGAUGCGGAAAUAGACAAUAUGGACGCAUCCGCUGCUAUAGAGAAUGUAAGUAAAGUAAGCUCAAAAAAUUUACUGUGAUAAUAAUUAUCUACAUUAGCAUAACGAUAUUAUACUUUUAACUGGCUUUAUCAUUAUUUUUCAUGUCAUUUUUGACUAAGAUUGUUCAAAGUAUAAGAAAAAGGGGUUUGUUCCUUUCAAGCUCAAAAUAUCUGUAAUGAAAACAUCAUUAAUUUUGGCUAUGGGCACCUGAGUCAGCCAAAAUUAAUUGGUUUUUUGAAUUUUUUAUUAUGUUCUCUUUUGUAUUCGUUUUACAAGGUUCCUUAAAUUAUGGUUCGAUAAAUAUAGGUGUGUUAAGCAAUUGAAAGAAGAAACAAAAUUGCUUGUAUUAUCAUGUGUAUUAAAAGUAGUCCGAGAAAAAUACUAUACAGUAACGGACAAACAAAUAGUUAAUCAUAAUAUAAAGGUUCCAUUUGUUAAAAAACGUGACAAGAUGUGAUAACUUUUGACAUCACUUUUUAUUCACAAUUUCUCAAAUAGUAUUGUUGAUUUUUUAUUCAACAUGCAAUGAUAGCCCACCUGUAGAAAUUUAAGGUUAAGUAAGUAUGGUACACAGCACGGUGUUGAGCGGUGUCAUCGAAAGCGCAACAGUAAAACAAUGGAUAUUAGAGCGGAAAACGUAAGGGGUGUGAUGAAUUGACUUGUCCAAUCAUCAGGUUUAUUAUACAGUAAUAGAAGAGUACUUCAAAACUUCAAACUAGAGCGCCCGAAUGGACGCACGCACACAUACACAAGAUUUACACGGCCGCUAAACAAUCUUGGGAAGACUAAUCUUUUGAGUGCCACACCGUACGGCGCGGCCGAGAUUUAAAUUAACUACGCCGCGUCGUCAAUCUUUUUGUGUGUACAAACUAGCGCUCCGCCCAGACAUAGGUAUAAAGGAUGAUGGCGAGACUUCAUGUAUUCUAGGACCCACUGUCAAGUGACGUACAUCAUGGAAUCUUAUUAAUAAUUGUAGAAACUAACAAAACAAAUCGUAAGUAAGUCUAAAAAAGUGGGAGAAAAAAGAUAUACCUACAAGUAAAAUAUAACCUUAAAUUAUUAAUCAAUAUCUAUUGUUAGAUCAAUAAUUUGUAUCUUAUGGCUAUGCCUAAUUACUGUCUGCUAAAAGAUAAUAUGAUUUAAAUGUGGAAGGUUGGCCAGCAUCUAAUAAUUGAGGAUUCCCAAUUAAUCAAAAAACGAUAAUAAUCUUAUUGAAUCUUAUUGUGUAUUAGUAAUGAAUUAAUGAUUUGAGUAAGUAUACAUAGUUUGAUGGUGUCGGAACAUCCAUAUAAAAAAUGACUGUCAUGUCAAAAAAAUUGAAGAUGUCAAUUGCGUAAAACGUUCCGAUAGUGCAAGAUGGUCUAAUUUAAAAAAAAAAAUCUAAUAAUUUAUUUCUUUUGACUCCCAUAACUUAUCGCCUCAAUAUUUUUUGUAUAAACAUCGUAUAAACUGAUGUUUAUAAUUAAUAUAAACUUCUACUUGUACGACGCUUCCUUAUUUUUUUAAUUAUGUGGGUCCAUUCUCGCCAGCCUCCUUUCAAAGUGACGCUACUAUUCUAUUACUUGUAUUGUGGCAUAACUCUGCGCAUUAGUUUCGCUAACCGCUCAAGAUCUGUGCUGGAACCAAUAGUUUGUUAAAUAAAAUGAAAGAUCUGAGUUGAAUUACUGCCACAAACUGCCAUUUUGGUAGUGUUAGACUGAUUUUUGUAUAGUUAGUUAUGUGUUUAGGCUAUUUUUAUGUGUAUAAUAUUAAGGUGAUAUUAUGUAAUUUUUUUCAUUAUGUAUUUGUCACAAAAACAAUUAUUAAUCAUGUGUUUAACGUAUACAGUGACAAUUGUGUUUAAAAAAUGAUUAUUACGACUAUUAAAUACAUUGUAGUCGCAGGUUGGGAAGAAUUUCGUUCAAUGACCCCAUGCUUCUUGUCUCUGCCACUUGCGUUAUAGUUAUAUUUUUUACUUCUUUUAUAUAUGCGGCAAUAAACGACUGACGAGGUGUGACUUUGACAAAGUGAUAAAGUACCUUUUAAAAAAGAUUAAAACUUGUAAUUAUCGUCGAAUUGUAAUAUUAACAGGAUCUGUUGAUUUUCCAAAAUUAUAAAGGUUUAAUUCUAAGAUUUUAAAUACGUUUUAAUCUUCUUUUAAAGUGUGUAUUUUUUAAGAGUGUUGAAACUCACGUUGCUCAAAGAAAUAAAUAAGGUCUGAGCGGUAAAGCAUCACAUAUCGACUUAAGGCGUAGAACUACGAAACAACACCGUUUAUAUAGCAGUGUUAUAUGUGUACUAAAUACUAAUCGGCGUCUAGUUGCUAGUUAUAUAUGUUAGGGUUGAUACAAAAACUUUAAAAUUUUACUAUCUAAAAAUAACACGAUAUUGCUAAUUAAACAAUAUCGUGACGUGGCGACCGUACAAUACCGAUACGCAAUCGAGCGAACCGGUAAAACUCCGUAAGUCGCGAGGAACGCCGCUCCCCUUAUUUGAUACCCCAUCGUUGUUCGGCCUGGUUGAUACACUACUAUAUUUACAUGACAUAUGGCACCCCACCAGUCACCAUUUGAUUUGUGAUAACACCGGGAUACAGAAAUACAUGUGCACUGCUAUUUCGCGGCAGAAUUAGAAGCACACUGCAAAUACAUACCUACAGUUAAUUCUACUGCUAGUAAAAUUCAGUGUGUUAUUAUUCAAGAAGAAAACUUAAAAAAGUAAGUGGCUGGUCGUCUGGUUUCUGUCAUUACUUCCUGACACUACAACAUACAUGAUUGACAAGUCAUUGUCAGCAAUUAAUGUAAACUCUCCAUUCUGCAUACAGCAAUUAAAUUUUAAACGACUGAUUAUUUUAUUUAUUGAUUUUCGACAUCCAUAAUAUUAUUUGCUUAUGUAGGUAAUGGUAGUAGGAGAAUUUUCUUAAUCUUAAAUGGUGGAUUAAUUGGCAAAACCAUUCCCGCUUUUGCCAAAAAAAAAAAAACUCGCGGGUAGUAUGAGUAACGAACCGAAUCAAAGAGAAGGGAGAUCGUUUUCUCGCUAUAUGUGGACAUAGACUAAGAGCACAGUACCCCAAGAGAAGUUAAAGAAAUAUAUUUUUUUAAUAUUUAAACAUUAGGUGUGCUUUAAAUUUAUAGGUUUAUUUUAAUGGGUCCGGCUGUUUGCGGUUGGAGCGAUUUUGUCAAGCCGUUCACUCGCACAGACACAAUAGAAAAUAUCUAAGCAUUGGCCUUUAAGUACGUGCGUUUGUCAUAUUAUUAUACUAGGGAAGCCGAAAUAUGUUUUACACGAAUGUUUACUUGCAUAAAUAAUUACUUAGGGAUUAUAUUUUGUGGUAAUCAUAAUUAUAUAAUGUUGUCGUAUGCGUAAAAAAUAGUAAAAAAUCUUUGGUAGAAAAUAAUAAGAAAAUGUAAUAGAAUCGAAUGUAAAUCUAAAUAUUUUACUUUAACACUAACAUUAAAUUGUAUUGGCGAGCUGCCAACGGACGUUGAUUGAUCGAUGUAUCUGAAAAACAAUUUUUGUUUACAUAUAUAUAUAUUUUUUAAACAGAAUAGCUUAAGUAAAAUCUUAUUUAUUUAAAAGACCAAUACAUAAUAUAUAUAUUUAUCUAGAUUUUGCAUAUCGACUCAUAAUCUGCUUCAACGAUUUAAAUAAAAUUUACUAAAUGGGUCUUUUGGGGGCGAAAUACAGACCAUGCUAGGAGUUACUCUGGGAAAACGCGUAUUCACACCGCGCAGACUUUGAUGAGUUGGACCUUAAAAUACCGCAAAUUGAAAUGCGUCCAACCUGUCAGGAAGUUUCUUAAGAACCGCACUGUCUAAACGCACCAUUAGUUUAAAAUUGUUAUGCGGCAUUUUGGAUUUAAUUGAUGUCCCAGUAUGUUAAGUUAUUAUCUAUAUAAUAAAAGUGCCUUAAGUAGAUUAAAAAAUUCUUGUAUGUUUUUGAUACAAUAAAUGAUAUUUCAAUGUGAA